UUCAGUCGCUGGAGUGCCGUUGAAAAAGGCGGUUGAUUGUUUGUAUUGGUAUUGGACUGCGGAAAAUAUGAAAAUUGAAUGGGCUCCUCUCAAAGUGCCGCCACGCCGGCGACUGCAGACCCUGGUCACGCUCUUGAUCACGUUCACGUGUUUUAUGCUAUCAAUAUCUGCCAUACCGAUUAUUGUCGCUUCGCUGAUCUAUGGCGGACUCAUUCUGCGUAGCUUGAUACUCAUCUACUUGGUCUACGUGUUUGUGGAUCACAGGAGAAAUAACUCCGUAAUUGAUGGCAAUGGCUGGCUUUUGAACCGAUCCAAUCGCCUGUAUCGGCACUAUCGCAACUACUUUCCCGUGGAGCUGGUGAAAACAGCCGAGCUGCCACCAAACAAAAACUAUAUCUUGGCUAGCUUUCCGCACGGCAUACUGGGAAAUGGAAUCGGCAUCAACAUGGGCCUCGAUAUCUCACGGUGGCUGGAGCUGUUCCCCAAGAUCCGACCCAAGGUCGGAACUCUGGAUCAGAACUUUCUGAUACCCAUUGGACGUGAGGUGCUGCGAUCUUGGGGCCUGGUGUCGGUGUCGAAAGCCGCCCUCAACUAUUUGUUAACCAAAUCGAAUGAUCCCAAGCAUCCGGACAAUCGCGAUGGCUUCACAUCCAAUGCGGUGGCCAUACUUGUGGGCGGAGCCCAAGAGGCCAUGGACUCCCAUCCAGGGCAAUACAUUGUGACGCUGAGGAACCGCAAGGGAUUUGUCAAAAUGGCCAUACGAACGGGCUCACCGAUCGUGCCAACGUUUUCCUUUGGGGAGGUGGACAUAUUCGAUCAGGUGCCCAAUCCCCCCAAUUCCCUGGUCCGUCGCGUGCAGACUGUGGUGAAACAGCUUACGGGCAUAUCCCCUCUGAUUCCAGUGGGUCGUGGCAUCUUUAACUAUUCCUUUGGCUUCCUGCCCAAUCGCCGUCGCAUCGUACAAGUUGUGGGCGCCCCCAUCAAUGUGGUAAAGAGCGAUGAACCGGAUGCCGCCUAUGUGGAUAAGGUGCAUGGACAGGUUAUUGAGGCUCUGGAAAAGAUGUUUGAAAAGUACAAGAACCAAUAUAUUCCGAGCUCAAAGAACACCAAGCUGGUCAUCCAUUAAACGGAAAAAAAAUCCUUAAAACAUUGCGACGAAAUGUGAUCAUAGUUCAACUUGCAUUUAAUAUAAAUCUUAAUUUGUU